AUGGUGGAAGAUGACGAUCUACUGGAUCCAUUUUCCUCGGCUGAGAAUAUCGCCAGCCUUGUCCUAGACCAGGUUCUGCAGGAGGGAGGCAGACUCCUGUAUGACAGCUACAUUGCACGCAAAUCCUUCUCCUUCGCUGCAGAGGCUGUUUGCGAGGUUCUUGUUGGCGAGAUGAAGAUGCAAUUCGUCAGUUAUGACGAAGGGGAGGGCCAGCAGCAGUUGGUGACGAGUUUAAGUGGCUGCCGACCUGCGACUGGCAGCAAAGCUGAUUUGCAGCGACGUGCAGAGGACGACGUCUCGGGUGCUCGAGGCGCCGUAGAGGCCUUGCCACGACCGGGAUCAGCACCAGCAACGACCAAUGACAGGCUUCAUUCUGCAUCUGCAGCCGUACCGACAGCCACUGGCACACCGGACAAUGUGGCCCACAGGAUUGCUGACGAUCCAGCGCCCGGGAGUCAGGCUGUACGAGAAGGAUGGUGCCUGGAGUCUGAACCAACAAGGUGUCGGAUUGACACUUGGGCCCGGGCAUGCGUGCCCGUUCGCAAAGUAAGCAGGCACAAAAUGGUCAGUCACAAUGAUUCUCGCAAGGGGCAUGCCUCCAACGGAUCUGUUUCUGUGCCAAGCAGUCGUUCGCCCUCCCGUUUCGGUGCUCAUCCAGUCGCUGAGGGAGCUGAGGCACCUAAGUCAGCCGCGAGGAACCAGAUGAUCCCACUGGUCGAUGAGCGCGAGGAGGAUGAGGAAGAAGUGAUCCUAAGAGAAAUGAAAGAAAGAGAGGCCAGAAAGUAUCGAGAGGAGCAGGUCCGCACAGAGCGAAAGGCCGCUGAAGAAGAGGCAGCCAAGCUCGUGCAAGUGAAGGACGACAAGAAACAGUUCACUUACGACUCGGAGGGCAACGUCAUUAUGGUCCAACCUCCACAAGUCAAUCGCUUGCCGAAUCCAACUCCUGCCAUGACCUUUGUGUGCAAGGAGGAUGUGUCUCAAGAGCAUCGUACGCAAGCAGAUAAAAAGAUUCCUCGUGUCCGUGACAAGCAUGUGAAGGGCAAAAGGAAGGAGUCGGUGGAAUUCAAGGACGGAUUCAAGAAGUUCCUGUCCCAGCAGCCCUCCAUGAUGGAGGCAAUGGCGAUGUCACCUGGGGUGGAAUUGGAAGAACGAAGCAAGACUAAGCGUGGUGAAAAGGUAAAGAUUGAAAAAGGAACAAUGUCCCGGAAAGAGUACGAGGAAGUAGCCCGAGGAGGAGCCAUGCCCAGCAAAGCCAGCAUGAAGCCCGCAAAGACUCCGCCACCGGUCCCAUCUGCGUUGGAUUCGAAGCCUGGCUCGGAUGGCAUAGCUCCUCCCCUCCCAGACCAGGUUGCCGAGCGACAGCAGGAGAGUGCCGAGCCUACAAGAAUCGCGCGGUCGGAAGCUGGAUCUGAUUUGGUAAAAGCCCCCAAGGCGCCCCGACCCUUGCAGCCAUCGCCUCCGUCAUCAAGCGCUCGAGUUCAGUCAAAGCGUGAUGCUAUGGGAUAUUCACUCAGCGCUCGAGAGCGACUGCGCAUCAACGCUGGUUCACGCUUCCCUGAUUGCGCACCACAGCCCCCACUUGGUGCAACGAUGGGGCACGGUCUGGUCCCGCAAACAAGCAAGCAUCAGGAUUAUUAUUUUCCGGGUGCUGCAGAUACCUUCGAGGAGGAGGACAUCCCGGUGCCAAAAGAGAACAUCCAAGGCCUGAUCGUCAGCAAGAAUGCCCAGCUCAAGCGGCGUCUGUUUGAGGGUAGAUAG